AUGUUUGCGACUAAGGUUCUCCGUGCUUCUUCCGCUGCUGAGCGUGUCCCCAUGAUUAAGUUCAUUGGCAAGCGCACAAUUCCAGCUUCUGUCGACCACUCUGCUCACGCCCACCCAGCAUCGCCUUCUCAUGAGCUCCCAGCAGACUGGACCACCGCCCCGAAGCCCUCUUCUUCAUUCUCGUCCUACAGACAACAAGCACAACAACACGGUCCUCUUGGGCGUGCAAAGAGCAGCGCUGAUGGCAGUAUUGGCUCCAUGUCGGGACAUUCCCUUGGGCCGGUAUCUCCGAAUAAGGGCGAAUACUUUGAUCGCAACGAGCUUCCAGCACGUUUCCGACGAACUCCAAUCGACCUGGCGGAGAUCGAUGCCAUUGAGACUGGCGGAGCUACACUGGUCUGCUGA